GGGUGACUGUGACAGGGAGAGGGAGCCAAGAGAGAAAUAACAGAGAGAGAGGGAGAGAGAGAGACUGUGAUUGGAUGGCAGUGAUAGAGUACAAGACUAAAGCAGCUUGUGAAUUUUCUUAGUUGUCAUGGGCCCUGGGGGGUCGAUCAAGCGGCACCGCUGACUCACAGACAAGAGGACAGGAGACACAUGAAGAAACAACAACAAAAAACACAAGUGACAAGAAGUAACUAAGGACAACAAGGCUUUUAUAAGUAACAGCGCAAGAGAAACAGAGAGUGAGGGGCACACAGGGUGAGCGCUUCAUCCACACGGGGACACGGUCUUCAGCGUGUUGUCUCCACGCAGCAGAGAGCCGACAGGAUCGCCCAAAUCCAUCAGUCUGUCAUCGAUCCAGUCACUGAGGAAGGGACACAGACAUGAAGAGACCUCACGACUACAGCUCCCCAGACUCGGACACAGAUGAGUUUAUUGACGUGGGACAAGAAGACAGCUAUUGCCCAGUCACCGGGUCCAUGUCUCCUGGCAGCGCCUCGCAGAUUCUGGCCCGAAAGAAGAGAAGAGGGAUCAUAGAGAAGAGGCGCAGAGACCGGAUCAACCACAGCCUGUCAGAGCUCAGGAGGCUGGUGCCCAGUGCUUUUGAGAAACAGGGUUCAUCUAAGCUGGAGAAAGCAGAGAUCCUGCAGAUGACUGUGGACCACCUUAAACUUCUGCAUGCCAUGGGAGGAAAAGGUUACUUUGAUGCGAGGGCUCUGGCAGUUGACUACAGAACCUUGGGCUUUAGGGAGUGUGUUGGAGAGGUGGUGCGGUACCUCAGCUCCCUUGAUGGGGAGUCCCCGGACCCCAUUGGAGCCCGCCUGGUCUCCCACCUUUCCCACUGUGCAAGUGAGCUAGACCCCUUGCUCCUGCAGUCGCCCCCUGCCUCAACCCUGCCCUUUCCUCCCUGGCCGUGGGCAUCCUUUCCUCAGAUCUCCCCCACCUCACCGGCCUCCUCCUCACCUCCAUUCCCCAGUGGGCGAAGGGAUCUGGCUCUGCUAGGGAGCUACCCACCACCCGCCUCCCUCCGCCUCGGCCCCCUGGCUGGCUGCCAACAGGGUGUACCUCCGCUGCUUGCACCCACAGCCCUGGCCACCGUCCACAGGUUGCCCUCCCUUGCAGCAUCCCCGGCCCUAGCCCCUUCCAGACCAAACCAGCCGUCCCCUCACAGCGCCACCAGGGCCUCGCCUCUUCCCCUCCCCACCCCUUCCUCUUCCUCUCCUUCUACCUCCUCCUCCUCUUCUAUUUCAUCAUCUUCCGCCCAGCUGCAAGUCUCUUUCAGGCCAUUCGCACCUCUGGGGUCUCCCACAGCCCAGCGCAGGGGCUUGAGCGGACCGGCCAAGUCGGCCCAGGGAUGGGGGACUGAAAUCGGAGCUUUCUGAGCUCUGGUUUUCCAAAUGAACUCAGUGGACAUGGAGCUCCCAUGUGCACCAUGUAGCAGAUAUGAAACUGUUAAAGAAAUAUUGAAUCUUUUAUGAUUGUCUCUGCCUUUGAGGGACUCUAAAAGCCAUAUCAGACUGUGGGUGAAGUUUCAGAUAAUCCCAAACAAUCAUAUGUAAUGCAACAAUGAAGGAAUGUGAAAAUAAAUUUCAGGAUCUCGCAUGACAAAUACACACAUACACAGUGCCCAACAGAGCCAUACGUAUAUAUGAAACACUCAACCGAGUGUGGUUGAGUCUUUACUGAUCUUUUAACUGUGAUAUUUGUUUCCAAAACAUUUAUACAUUUGAUUACAUUUUCCAAGUCUGAAGAAUGUUUGACAAAAAUCUUUAUAAAGACUAAGUGCCUUUA